AUGUCAGAAACACUGAAAGGACGCCCGACGGGUCCAUAUGAAGUCAGCACGACGAGCAUCACUACCUUCAGCAACAAUCCCAACGACAACAACAAAAGCGAGGCAUCAACUACCAGUCUCAGUCCCGCACACAAUGCAGCACUGCACCGCGCAGUCCAGCGCGUCCUAAGCACAGGACUGGCCCACGACACUCUCGCGCAGAUCCUGGAUGGCCUGCCCACGAUCGACGUCGCGCUGGACCGGUACCAGCACCGCAUAUACCCGGAACAUCCGCUGCAUCGGCACACGGCGAUCUCGGGGAAGGCGAGGGUGGCGGCGAGAGAGAUUGUUGCUAGAUUUGGCCUGGCUGAGGAUGGGGUUUUGCCGAGGUUGAAGAACGAGUCUAUGGAAAGAUUCCGGACCUCGGCGCCUGGAGACAGGGCCUAUGCUCUGGCGCUGCUCGAGCUGGUUGCCGAAGCAGUCCACAACAUCACAGCCGGCCUAUUCCGGCGCGACAUGAAGCUCUACGACGACAGCGAGCAGCCGGUGGCUGACGAAGACACUGGCAAAACACCUGCUCCUCUUACAGUGGACGAUAUCGUGAAUUGGAGACGACCUGUCAAGGAUCCCAUGUUCCCACCUCGAGAGCCCUGGCCAACGCUCUUCACGCAUCCGAUGUUCGUCGCGCACAAGCAGUACCCGGCAGGCGUUGCCGACAUGGUCGGGUACUGGGCUGAGGACAGGAUCCUGGGAGGCGUGGUGCUGUUUGACCAUCAGCACGAUGAUGAAGAGACACAGCCACGCGGCGGCUCGGUUAUUGGCGGGGAGGGCCGACUUGACCAGAGAUUUCCAGAGCAGAAAGGAGGAGUGUACUACAACUCUGCGCGGCCAGACCGCACGCACAAGAUCUUUCGAUUAUCUGGGAAUCAGGAGCGCCGCCUGUUUAAUUUUAUUCUCGGGCCGGCACAAGGAGGCUCCUUCGAGACCACGAUGCCAGCGGAAGGGCGCACUGAUACAGAUCUCCGAUCUCCACUGCCGAUUCUGUACAGGUUCCGCGACAACCCAGAGUUGAUUGAUCCGGAGUUCGCAGUGGUCAGGGAGAAGGUCUACCGGGACAAAUGGGAACGCCCGCCUCCACGAGCGCUGGAUGAGAUACUGCGUGCCGAGCGCGACGCGAUUGAAGGUGGCAACGAGACUAUCCAGUGGUUCAAAGAUAAUGGGCUAAUCUAA